UAUGUAAUAAUCAGCUUGUUUUAUGCAAGAGAAAAAUAGAAAUUGGGUAACUGAGAUGUUUGUAGAUUUCCAUAUUAAGCUCGUUAUAGGCUAUAACUGCACAAAUACCAAAAGUAGGCUAUUAAAUGAGAUAUUUAAUGUUUCCACCAUCUUUCCCCUCACCAUGUUAUCCUGGUUUUAGCCAUGUAUAAUUUCACUAUGUGUUUACAUAAGUAUAGUUUCCUCAGAAAUGCCAUGUAACUACCAUGAUGCGUGAACCAUCAUGUUACAAUUAAGAUACCAUACCAUUACAGUUUAUUAUAAGGUAAUUAAAAAGCCUAUUUGUGAGUAGUGUAAAACAGCAAUUAUAGAAAAAAAACAUGGUUUCAAAAUUGAGCAAUAUAAACAAUCAGAACCUAUCAAAGUGUUAAAUUGUUUUUUGCCAUAAUACUUCCAUCAACACACACAAUUCAACUACAUGGGUAAUUAAGCAUUUUAACUGAAUUCAGUUUCCCUAUUCACAGCAGGGUUUUUCCACUGUUCAUCAAUGUUUGAUGAGAAUAUUUUGUGGGGUUUGCAUUUUAAGUCUGUUUUAAACUGCAAUCUAACAGAAAAGCUUGUAUCAAGUGAAUCUCUGUGUAUGUUAUCUAAUAUGGGUGCAAGUGAAUGAAUUAACCAAGCGGAGCUUAUAAAGUCUCAGCACUUUUCGUAAGUUACGAGCUGAAGAGUCGCUUCACUGUUGUGCCUGAAUGGCGACCACACAAGCGUAAUAUCAGAUAUAGAAACUAUGAUUCUUGCUGAGACAACACAUAUUCUCUCAAGUAUAUGUGUAUGUGGGUGUGUAUGUUUCACCUCAUAUAUAAAUCCCUGCUUUCAAAGGAGACCUUUUUGGUAGUGCAGCUCCAACUUACUAGUUGAUAAAAAAUGGCUCUUCAGGAUGUGUGUGGUUUUGCAGACACCUUUGAUGACAUCAGCCCAUGCACUCCGAAUGAGAUGGGAACUCAUUGGAUGCCACGAUCAGAGUUUGAGACAGAAACUCCUUUUCAUUUUCUUUUCCUCCCUCAACAAAACAGCAGAACCCACGGAGUUCCAUCUCUGUCACCCCAUCAACGACCUUUCCAGUUAUCACAUGGCACCACCACUCUUGGCUUUACAUUUCAAGGUGGCGUAAUAGCUGCUGCGGACACACGUGCCAGCUGUAAGGGACUAAUAUGCUGCCCAAAAAGUCAGAAGAUUUUACCCAUCCAUUCUCACCUGGUUGUCACAACUUCAGGAAGUGGUGCCGACUGCAUGCUUUGGGAGCGAAUCCUCACCCGUGAAAUGAGGCUCUACCAGCUUCGUCAUCGCAGGAGAUUAACAGUCAAUGGAGCUGCAAAGCUUCUCUCCAUGAUGCUUCAUCCAUUCAAAGGCACUGAAGUAUGCGUGGCGGCUACUUUAUGUGGAUGGGACGGAGAAGACGGCCAGAUUAUACGGGAAACUCUUCAGACCAGCACGAAAGCAGAUGUUAAGAAACACAACUGGCAUUUAUCUAUUUCAGCUGAUAGACUAAACAGUGAGACAAUGUCCACAACAAAUCAGCAGGAGAUCCUAAAAGAUGCUAAUGUGCCACAUCCAUCAGUGUCCGAUCAAAAUCCAGAAAGCCUUAUUUCAGCUACUCCAGGACAGCUUGGUCCCAGGGUGUGCUAUGUGUGCAGUGAUGGCUUGCAACUAAAAGGAGAGAUCAUCUCAGUGGGCUCUGGGUCACCAUAUGCAUAUGCUGUCCUUGAUGAUGGUUGGAGAUGGGAAAUGAGUGUAGAGGAAGCUGUGGCACUGGCACGGGAGGCUGUUUUCAGAGCCACACGCUGGGAUGCUUACUCUGGGAAUAAUGUGGAUCUUUUCCACAUCACUGCCCGUGGCUGCAGGCGCAGAGACAGAGAGGACCUGAAGGAGGAGUAUUACAGAGAGAAAGAGAGAAAAAAGGAGAAAAUCAAAGAGAGGGAGAAAGAGAGACAGAAAAAAGAUUUCUUGGAUGAGCUGGAUGAAGAUGGAUAUAAUAAAAUCAUUACACCGAGAAUAGGAAGAGAAGAGGCACAAAAAUGAAAAGUCAUUACUUAAUAUUUUCAACAGCAGAUGGAUUCUGUCAUUAACUUAAUGACAGAAAGAACCAUUAUAAGAGGACACUAAGAGGACAAAUUUGAGAGGAAUUAAUUAAAAUUAUAUAUAAAAGCCAUGCUAAUUAUUAUUUUUUAUUAUUUCACUCAAAUGUAAUGCAGUGCACAUGCUUUUCAUUUGAUGUAAAACAUGUCAUAAAUAAUAAAAACAUCUUUGUGUAUUUUAAGUAUAGGAUUCAAGGUGAACAAAUUAUAAGUCCAGAAAUUGGUCAUGUUGUCUCGUUUGAGGAGGUGUUUGUGCCAGUA